UGUCCGGCUCAAGAUACCUUCAUUCCGAGGUGAAUGCCGAAAUGUCGAAGCACCUUUUAGUAGCUGCGAUCGAUUUUGGAACAACCUAUUCAAGCUGGGCGUGCUCGUUCAAGAAUGAGUAUGACAGCGACCCGACUAAAGUCUCCGCCAAGCAAUGGCAAGGAUACGAUUCUCAAAAAGGCCCUACUUGUGUUCUGGUCAGGUCGGAUGGGAAAACAUUACAUUCGUUCGGUUUUGAUGCUGAAGCGAAAUAUGCAGAACUUAUUGAAAAAGAUGAACAUAACGACUGGUACUUUUUCAAGAGGUUCAAAAUGAGGUUAUGGAAAAAGAAACUCCAUCGAAAUUCGUUAUUGGAAGAUGAAAAUGGCCGGGAAUUAUUGGCAAUAACGGUUUUUGCUUUGGCCAUAAAGUUCCUGAAGGAUGAUUUAUUGUCUGUGUCUAAGGACCGAAUAGCGGACGCAUUGUUACAAAAUGAAAUACACUGGGUUUUGACUGUCCCCGCCAUAUGGGAUAAUGCAGCAAAACAGUUUAUGCGGGAAGCUGCCAUUGAGGCGGGAAUAGAAUCGGCUAUGCUGUCUAUUGCACUUGAGCCGGAAGCUGCUUCACUUUUCUGUCGACAUCUUCCUGUUGAAAGGAGUGGGGAUGAACUUUCUUUGGGAUCGUUGCGAGCAGGAAAACAGUAUCUUGUACUUGAUGCUGGAGGUGGAACUGUCGACAUAACUGUUCACGAAGUUACGCCAUCCGGUGACGUCAAAGAGCUGUACAAGGCGAGUGGUGGCGCUUGGGGUGGCACAAAAGUUGAUGAUUCCUUUGAAGAAUUCCUAGCUUGUUUGACAGAUAAAACUGUCAUCACCAAAUUCAAAGAAGACCACUUGGAUGAUUACCUAGAUCUUCUUCGACGAUUUGAGGUAAAAAAGAGAAUCAUUGACCCAGACAAGGAUUCGAAAGUCGUCAUGAGCAUGCCGCUUGCAUUUUUCACAACUGUCAAAGAACUUCUUAACAAAGAUUUCAAGGAAAUUGUGGACCUUUCAUCCUAUUCGGAGCAGGUGUCCCUUUCUGGAGAUAAACUGAAAAUGGACCCAGCAGUUGCUCGAAAUUUCUUCAAAGAAUCCAUCGAUAGCACAGUAGAACAUGUGAAAGAUGUUUUGCAAAAACGAGAAAACAGAGGCGUCGAAGCAAUCUUGAUGGUUGGUGGGUUUUCUGAGUCGAAAAUGCUCAACAAGGCAGUGAAACAGGCAUUCCCUGGAUUAAAGAUGAUCGUCCCUAAUGAUGCUGGUCUGGCAGUUCUUAAGGGAGCUGUGAUGUUUGGUCAUGAGCCAAUGGGAAUUACCGAGCGAAUAAGCAAAUAUACGUAUGGCAUUCAAUCUAAUGAUUUAUUCGACUCUAGCAAGCACCCCGAAUCAGCAAAGUUCACUGACACUGAAGGUGUUGAUAGAUGUAAGGACUUCUUUGAUAAGCAUGUUAUAACGGGACAGUCUCUGAAAGUCGGAGAGGCCCAGGCCGUUGUAAAAUACUUCACACAAGCUAUCCACACGUCAACUUUGCUAAUUAUGGUAUACGCAACAAAAAGUAAAACUCCAGUACUAAUUACUGAUCUAGGAUGCAAAAAGGUUGGCGAAUGCAACAUUCCCAUGACUGGUACCGGAGCUUACUGCGAAGUUUUAGUAAGAAUGAUAUUUGGUGGCACGGAAAUCGACGUCGAAUGUACCGAGAAAGCCACAGGCAAUGUAACGCAUAUUCCGAUUGACUUUUUGUCGUAGAAAUUUAUGGCGAUGAGCUUCUUAUUCCUAAGUCAGUGUGCAAAUUACAAUAUACAUGUACUAUAGUAUUAUGUUUGCAAGAACUGUUGCUUUCAAAUAAUUAUGUAUACUGCAUCAGACAAGCAAAUCAUAAUGAUUUUAUUAAAAACUAUUGUAUCCUUGUUUAAUUGGGCUUAAAAACAAUACCAUACCUAAGGAAACUAUUGAGUGGAUUCCAAGCAAACAAUGCAACUUUAUUCCAAGCAUUUGCACUAUUUAUCAAGCUGCGUGUUGAAAUAUUUGAUUCCCAAUGUUAAAGCAGACCUCUUUGUGUUUUCUGAAAGUCGAUUUUAUUAUAUACCCACUGUAGACAAACUACAUUUUAAAUAUUUGAUUGUAUUAAGCUAAUUAGCCUGACACAAUUCUGAGUUUAUAUACUAUGCUUAUGUCGGUUCAUUUCUCAUUUAAUACUCUCGACAAUGACUGAUAUUUCGUGUAACCAGAGAAUAUACGUAUGUUUAUCAAAAUACGCUGUUUAAAGGGACUGGACACCAGCUGGUCCAAAAUUCGGCAAGUAAAGUAUUUCCUCAAAACAAGCCUAUAAUUGUCAAUGCGCGCUUGUAGGAAGCCGAGAAUACAUUUUUACGGGAUUAUAAGAUUAAACGCAUCAUACAUGUCGCUGUCUUUUAGACUAACUGGGAUUUACGUGGUAGACAACCACAGUUAAUUUCGAAUUGAAAAAAUGCGAAAGAUACAAGUGUCGUAAGCGAUGUCACACAUCAGUAAAAAAGAUUCAAUGCGUUGUACCAAACGAUGUCAAUUUUAUGUUAGUUGUAGACAAUUUUCUUUUUUUUCUUGCAAUUAUAUAUCAUCUGAUGUCUAGUAAUAUUGAGGUUUCACUUUUUUGUUCCUUAGCAUGUCUCUAUCUGCCAGUUAAGCACUUUUUAGAAGCUACUGUGUUGUUGUUGUUUUUCAUAAUGCCUGUAAGUGGUAAAAUCAUAUAUCAAAAUGCUUGUAUUUAUGUUUGCUUUUUAUCACAUUUAGCGAUUUUGAUUUGUUUGUAAUCUUAAUAUGUCUUGGUUUGUUGACUGCUUUUGGACCCCACACUAAAUUUAAAAUAUUAAGCAUAUAUAUAUAUAUCGUAAUAAUAACCUAUCGUUAUCGGAAUUAAGUGGGUAUAAUUGUUCUAUUCCUCAAAUCAAUAUGAACUCACUCCUGAAUUUUGAAAAAUGUUUCAUUCUCUAAUACAGAUCCUUGUUAUGCUUGGUAAAUAAUCUUAAAUUAAAGUGACACUAUUAUUCAAAAUCAAUACAUACACAUGUAUUCCAGUUAUCCAUCAUUUACAUUUUGAUUUAGAUAUUUAUGAUUUGUAUUUUUGAAACAUUUUCUUCUCUGUUAUGUUUUUAUGUGUCUUUUUUUUCUUGUAAU